AUGAAGGAGAAACCCAUUCAGCUUUUUUUUUCAGAAGCCCUUAAUGCAACUCCCGUAUGGAAGCAAAUUGCCAUUGUAUUAUGGAGAUUUGCAAAUGGAGCAGGCAUACGAACAUUGGAACAAACACUUGGAAUUAGUCAGGGAUCUGUAUGUCACUUUACUGAUCGGUUUUUAGAAGUAUUAUUAGAUGUGGAAAAGGAUAGAAUAAUGUGGCCACAAGGUGCUCGAUUAACAGAAGCAACAUAUGGAUUUGAAUAUAGUGAAACUAGUUUAGAAAAUCGUAAAUUGCCAAAUGUUAUUGGUGCUAUAGAUGGGUCACAUAUACCAAUUCAUCCUCCUUCUCAAAAUGGUGCUCGAUUUGUUAAUCGUAAAAGCUUUCAUUCUAUUAAUCUUCUUGGUAUAGUUGAUUUUCAAGAACAUUUUACAUAUGUACUUAUUGGAGAAGCAGGCAGUGUUAAUGAUGCUCAUGUUAGUCUGAUCUGUUGA